AUGUGGUUGUAUGCAGUAAACAGUGGUUUCACGCAAAGACGCUCGUGCACGAGAUGGGAACGAUUUUCGUCCACGUGCCCGCGAGCGGUAAGCACAAAGGGCAGAGUCUGCACACGCAGCACGCGGCUCAGCGUUCAGUGCAGUGCUAGCAGCGGGCAGGACCGGUCAGACAUGGGCGGGGACGUGCCUCACUCAGCGGAGCAGGCGGAGAGCAAAUCGGUGUCCAGUGGGAACGGAAAGAGUCCGGUUGCCGGCGCCAACGCAGGUCGCGCUGACGACCUGUCAGGGCGUGUUGACGACACCCCGGCAGGCGCUCAGGUUGAAGCGAGCGCUGCGCCGCGGCAGUCGCCAGUCCAGCAGCCACCUAUUGGGCCUCGACGGAAGAAACCCAAGGCGGAUGAAUACGAAGAGCUUGGAAGUGCCGACAUUGACGUGAAUGCAGACUACGAGAUCUGGCCCGGAAGCUGGCUAUGCGUGGACUGCGGCUGGGAAUAUUCGACGAAGGCAUUCGGUAUGCCACUCGAACUGCAACCGGAAACCUUUCGCUGUCCUCAGUGUGGAGCGCGGAAACGGCGCUUCGCCAAGAAGCUAGGCAGCAAAGUAGCCAUCACCCGUGAUACGAGCAAUUUACCCAUCUUUGUCAUGAGUAUGUUGGGGCUCCUGGCGGUCAUCGCCUUUGGCAUCUGGGCUGCAAAUAAACUCUGA